CGGAACUCCAGCCAAAAGCCCCAAGCCCAACCAGUUGUUUCACUGAAUACAGCUUCAAUAAGCUCACUACUCACAUUCUCAAAUACAUAGAAAGAUACAGUUCGACCACGACGUUUUGACCGGGUUUACAUUUUAUAUGUUAAGAUUAUGGGGUGCUGGAGAUUCUCGGCAGUGAAUAUUGUUCUUCUGUCUUUCUGCCUUCCCAUCCUCUCCUUCACACACAUCAAGACCAGCCUGUGUAAGUGGUGUGACUACUCCAGCCCUAUCUGUGAGGACAGUGUGUGUUACACCAACUGUUCCCUCUCCUCCUUCUGUAAUCUAAGUGAAGAGAUCUGCGUUGCUAUAUGGCGGAAGGACAACCAGAGUACGAGUGUGAAGACGUUAUGCCACCAGCCCCAGCAGCCCCUGGAGAACAUCAUGUUGUCUAACUACUCCUCCAACGAGUGUGUGAUGACUCCUCAUCCUUCUGAGGACGGGGUCCUGUUCGUCUGUGGCUGCCUGGGAGAACACGAGUGCAACGAUAAGCUCAUAUUCGACAAGGGCUCCAAUGGUUUUUCCAAGCUCAAGAGUAAAGAUGUGAUCCCAGUGGUAGUGAUCAGCCUGGUCCCUCCCUUCUUAGUGGCUAUCAUUGCUUCCAUGGCUUUCUACCUGUACCGUACCAAACAGCCCAGCAAGCAGCCCAAAGACUGGGCUCCCAAACACACACACUACAAGGCCUUAGACAUCCCGGAGGGACUUAGUGGGCACGUCAUCCCCAGUGGUGAGGACUGCCAUGGCAAGCGGUCAGCCAUCAAUGGCGACACCACCUCUGACAUGUGUCCUGUCCAGGCCUAUAACUUCAACCACAACAUGGAGCAGCUGCCUAUCCAGCUGGAAGCCUUGGUGGGGAAGGGUCGCUUCGCUGAGGUUUGGCGGGCCAAGCUCCACCACCAGGCCAUGGGUUCUCUGUACGAGACAGUGGCAGUGAAGAUCUUCCCGUCUGUGGAGUACGUGUCCUGGAGUAAGGAGAGGGCCAUCUUCUCUGACGCCAACCUGGAGCACGACAAUGUGGUUAAAUUCCUGACAGCAGAGGAGCGAGGGCCCUCCGGCUCCCCUCAGAGGCAGUACUGGCUGGUCAUGGCCUAUCACAGCCUUGGGAACCUGCAGGACUUCCUGGCGGGCCACGUGUUGAGCUGGGCUGAGCUUUGUGCUAUGGCUGGGUCGGUGGCUCAAGGAUUGGCCCACCUUCAUAGUGAUACCACCCCCUGUGGGAUCCCCAAGGUGCCUGUUGCCCACCGCGAUCUGAAGAGCAGCAACAUCGUGGUGAAGAGCAGAAGAGAGUGUGCCCUCUGUGACUUUGGUCUGGCUCUGAGGCUGGACCUCUCCCUCACCGUGGAUGACUUUGCCAACAGUGGCCAGGUGGGGACAGCUCGCUACAUGGCCCCUGAGGUGUUGGAAUCUAGGGUGAAUCUGGAGGAUCUGGAGGCCUUUAAACAGAUGGAUGUCUACUCCAUGGCCCUGGUCCUCUGGGAAAUGGUUUCCCGCUGCGAAGUCAUAGGGGAGGUGAAGAGUUAUGAGCCGCCCUUUGGCUCUAAGGUGUGUGACCAGCCGUGUGUGGACAGCAUGAGGGACCUGGUCCUGAGGGACAGGGGCAGACCUGAGAUACCCACCAGCUGGACAACACAUCAGGGUAUGGAUCUUCUGUGCGCCACCAUCAAUGAGUGUUGGGACCACGACCCAGAGGCCAGGCUCACAGCCCACUGUGUGGUGGAGCGCUUUGGAAGUCUAGAAGAGGAGAUGGAGCAGAAGGGGUUAGACACUAUCAACAGCCAGAACAACCAUCAGGGUCCUCCCUCUGGCAUCUUCCCUGACUGUGACGUGGACCCUUUGACCCCUGAAACAGACACAGAGGGACCCUCAUCCCUGGGCCACUGACCGAGAUAAUACAAGGAUCACCAGAAAGAAACAUUUCUAUAUGAUAGAUUGAUGGCACUCUACCCUAACAACAAAAGAAAAGGGACACAUUUUUGUAUGAUAUAUUGUUUAAUUUGAAGGAGCUGGUCUCCUGUUUGAUUUGUGUAAUAUAGCCUUUAUGAAGUGUCUUACGAAUGCACUUAUGAACUUGUGACACUGAAGAGUUCUUUCUGCCCCUUGGAAAGUUUUGUGCACAGGAUUCAGGGAAGAGAGCAAACUGGCAUACCACUAAUUAUCAUCCCAAUUUAACAUGUACAUUUGACCAAUAACUAAAAAAGCAGAUCAGUUUUCAAAUCUGAAGUACAUAAAUCCUGUAGUGAAUGCUGACAUGUAUGCGUCACUAAUGGCACCCUGUUCCUUACUACUGUUGACCAGAGCCCUAUUGCUCUGCUAUAUACAGGGACUAGGGUGCUGUUUGGGAGGCAACAAUGGUUGUUAUUUGCUACAGUACAGACAGCACUAUAUUUUGUGACAAUCUCCAUUGGUGUUCCAGCUAUUUAAAUUGGUCCUCUUUCCUAUUGGAGAGAAUUUACCUUACAAGAAUGAUUUCUUACCACAUUUUUUCAUCUUCUUAAAUGAACUGUUCCAUUGCCUUACAGUGUGUAGCCUCAAAAGCCCAAUUUAUACCUGCCGCUUACAUGCGUUCUUCGUCCUGAUCUUCUCCAGUCUUGCCGGUUUACACUUACAAGAUCUGAUCAAAAUCAGUAAACAACAAGUCUUUUAAUAAUCUACACGUCUAAAAAUGUGGGCACAAUCAAAAUGAGUCAACAUUAGGACAAAGGGCGCAGGUAUGAAGUGGCUAAAGAGCAGUGUGGUCCUCGUCCUGCCAGAAUGUGUCCCAAAUGCCACUAUAGACUCUGGUCAAAAGUAGUGCACUAUAUAGGGAUUAGGGUGCCAUUUGUGAUGCACAACUAGAGUUAUCUCAGAGAUGAGGGGUUUGCAUUUUUCUUAACCACAAGCUGCUGCGACUGUGAAUGAUGAAUGUUAUAUAGACUAGGGACCACAACACACAAACUAGCAUGGAGAAAUGUUAUUUUUAAGAUGAAAGAAAGCCAAAGAGCAUUUAAUGAUUCCUUUGAACUAAUAGCUGCACACAUACACACGUUUGGGGUCAUUUAGAAAUGUCCUUGUUUUUGAAGGAAAAGCUAUUUUUUGUACGUUAAAAUAACAUCAAAUU